AUGCAACUAUCCUGGAAAGAUAUCCCAACGGUUCCACCUGCUAACGAUCUGCUGGACAUCGUUCUAAACAGAACCCAGAGAAAGACUCCAACUGUCAUUAGACCUGGUUUCAAUAUUACUAGAAUUAGAGCUUUCUAUAUGCGUAAAGUUAGAUUUACAGGUGAAGGUUUUGUUGAAAAAUUUGAUGAUUUAUUGAAAGGUUUCCCAAAUAUUAAUGAUGUCCAUCCUUUCCACAGAGAUUUAAUGGAUACUCUAUAUGAAAAGAAUCAUUACAAAAUUUCUCUUGCUGCGAUCUCUCGUGCAAAGUCCUUAGUCGAACAAGUUGCUAGAGAUUAUGUGAGAUUAUUGAAGUUUGGUCAAUCUCUUUUCCAAUGUAAACAAUUGAAAAGAGCAGCCCUUGGUAGAAUGGCUACCAUCGUAAAGAAAUUGAAGGAUCCAUUAAACUAUUUGGAACAAGUUCGUCAACAUUUAGGUAGAUUGCCAUCUAUUGAUCCAAAUACUAGAACUUUAUUGAUUUGUGGUUACCCUAAUGUUGGUAAGUCCUCUUUCUUAAGAUGUAUUACUAAAGCAGAUGUUGAAGUUCAACCAUAUGCUUUCACUACUAAAUCCUUAUAUGUGGGUCAUUUUGAUUACAAAUACUUACGUUUCCAAGCCAUUGAUACUCCAGGUAUCUUGGAUAGACCAACUGAAGAAAUGAAUAAUAUUGAAAUGCAAUCUAUUUAUGCUAUUGCUCAUUUAAGAUCUUGUGUAUUAUAUUUCAUGGAUCUUUCCGAACAGUGUGGUUUCACUGUUGAAGCUCAAGUUAAACUAUUCCAUUCUAUUAAACCAUUGUUUGCCAACAAAUCUGUUAUGGUUGUUAUUAACAAGACUGAUAUUAUUGCCCCAGAGGAUUUGGAUGAAGAACGUGCCAAAUUAUUACAAACCAUUAGAGAUACCCCAGGUGUUGAAGUAAUGGCUACAUCUUGUCAGUUAGAAGAAAAUGUUAUGGAUGUAAGAAACCAAGCUUGUGAAAAAUUAUUAGCUUCUAGAAUUGAAAAUAAAUUAAAGUCUCAAGCUAGAAUUAACAACGUCUUGAAUAAGAUUCAUGUUUCUCAACCACAAGCUAGAGAUGAUAUUAAGAGAGAACCAUAUAUUCCAGAUCAAUUCAAACAGUUGAGAAAAUACGAUCCUGAAGAUCCAGAGAGAAGAAUGUUGGCUAGAGAUAUUGAAGCUGAAAAUGGUGGUGCUGGUGUGUUUAAUGUUAACCUAAAGGACAAAUAUCUUUUGGAAGAUGAUGAAUGGAAGAAUGAUGUUAUGCCAGAAAUCUUAGAUGGUAAGAACGUUUAUGAUUUCUUGGAUCCAGAAAUUGCUGCUAAAUUACAAGCUUUAGAAGAAGAAGAAGAAAAAUUGGAAUCUGAAGGUUUCUAUAACUCCGAUGAUGAAGAAAACUUUGACGGUUUCGAAGGUGAUGAAAUUGAUGACAUUAGAGAAAAGGCAGAUUGGAUCAGAGAUAGACAAAAGAGAAUGAUCAAAGAAGCAAGAAAUAGAAAAUCUCUUAAGAACAAAGCCAUUAUGCCUCGUUCCAAAUUAUCUAAAUCAUUUGGUGAUAUGGAAAAGCAUAUGUCUACUUUGGGUCACGAUUUGUCUACUUUACAAGACAAACAAAGAUCACAAGCCGGCAAAAACAGAUACGUCGAAUCUGGUGCAGAUGUUGUCUUUGGUGGUUCUGAAGCCGCAUCUGCUACUAAUGCUAAUGGUGGUAAGUUAAGACAAUCCGAUAGAUUGUUGGAUGGUGUUGCCGAUGGUUUGCAAAGAUCUAAGGCUGAAAGAAUGGCUAAAUUGCAAAGAAGAGAAAGAAACAGAAAUGCUAGAGCUGGUGAAGCUGAUAGACAUGAAACUGCAUCUCUACCAAAGCAUCUAUUCAGUGGUAAGCGUGGUAAUGGUAAGACUGAUUUCCGUUAA